ACGUGACUUUCCUCUGCCGGAGACGCCGAAAGAUGAGACUGGGCUCCGGUAGAAAGAACUGUCCUGCUAUAUACGCCCUGGAGGACCGAGAUAACCCGGCUUUCCCAGCUGAAGGCCACACUCCUCCUGGAUACCACAGGCGUUAACCCUUAAGAUGAAGCUCUCCUGUCUAGGUGACCUGACUGAAGCGCUCAACAUGGACAAGGCCAGGAAUCACUUGAUUGACAAGAUAAUGCAUAUAACCUUAGAUAUUCUCUACCUGCUGACUGGAGAGGAUUACAUUGUAUUAAAGAUGUCUGGUGGCCGAGUCACGCACAGUAGUAGCCCUAUUGUAGAAGGAGGAUUCUGUAGAAAUCAGAGCUCAAACAACAGCCCCCAAACUGACGUGAUGGAAGAGAGUAAAAAUGAUGAGAAGAUCUUGGCACUUACCAACACCAUCACUCAGCUACUGACUGGAGGGGUUCCUAUGGGGUGUCAGGAUGUCACUGUCUAUUUCUCCAUGGAGGAGGGGGAUAAUUUAGAAAGACCCAAUGCUCCAAGAAAGGAUGCGAUGUCUGAAGACCAGAAGCACAUUGCAUCACUUGAUGGAACCAGGAGUGAAAAGCCCUACGAGUCCCCCCCAAAGAAUUCGGAAGAGAGUCAGGCAGCACAGUGUGAGGUCACGAGUGAGAUCCCAACAAGCACAUCAGGAACCCAAACGUUGGUUGUCAAAGAAGAAGAGACGUAUGAGAUGGUUGAUGAAGAGGCAGUCCCUGAGCUUAGCUCAGAAAGUACAGGAACAUCAAGUAAUGGAAAUACACCAGAGAAACAUCAACCUCCUCCUUCACCUGAGGAUUUCUCAGAAGAUGGUGACCAAAUGCUGCAGGAUGACCAGCGUGAUGAUCUUGAUGAUCUUAAGAUUGAAAUUAAAUCCCUUGAAGAUGGAGAAGAGAUGAACAAGUGGGGUGAUGGUCAAUGUAAGGAAGAAGACUUUACAAAAAAAUGGAAAAGAGGAUGGACUUGUAAGAAGUCAGGGACUGAGGAAUCUAAAAAACUGUAUGAAAAAGAGAAGGCUCCUGAAGAGAGAAGAGAACUGCCACAUAGAGCUAAACGCCUGCUUCCAUCUGUGAUAGAAAUAGAUGCAGAGGAGGUCGGACAUCUGCAGCGAACAGCAGAGUGGGAGAUUCAUGAAGGUGGGAAACAGUGGUCGUCUAGCCUCCCUCUUGUCCCGGGGGAGCACGCCAGCGUUGGUCCACCACACUGCCUCCUCCCUCCACAAGAAGACAAGGUGGACCAGGGCAGCCUCGCUCCCCUUCAUCCCCCAAGCAGAAGGGUCACCUAGGCCCGCCAAAGAGACCCUCCCGCCAUACCAGACUCCUGCCACUCCAGUGCCAGCUGCUGAGGAGGUGACCCUGCAGGAAAAAGGUGACCUUGCGGGUCCACUUAUGUAGGGUGAAGAGAAGAGGAUGAAGAUGAGGUGAGUACACGGGACUAGGUAAGUAUGAAGCUCUCUGCCCCCUCCCUCCCUCUUUGGCAUAUCGAGUUAACAGGCACGGCUGCCGGGGAACUUUAUUUAUUUUACAAACAAGACCCCUAAGACAGAAGGGGUUAAUCCGCCACUGUGAGAGAUGGGAGCCCAUGAAUUGCGCUGACACCACCAACGAUACGUGGACGCCCCCUCUCACUCCCCCUCUAGGCCGACGACUAUUCCGGCUCAUAGGAGGUUAAUGAAAAGAUCUCCACCUGCACAACAGGUAAAAAGAGCGGAGCGUGGGUGACUCCCGCUCCCCGUUAUUCACCACCAUAUUCCGCCCCUUUUUGGGAGCGAGCGCCCGGGGGGGGGGGGGGGAUGCGAGCUGGCGCAAAUUCUUCCCGCCUAGCUGUUCCCCCUCCCCCAGAAGCCAGCUGAGUACCGCCUCUAGGUCUCUGGUCACUUAACCCUUCCUGGCCAGCCACUUCUUUUAGGCCUGCGCGAGGUUAGAAGGCAGUGCAGUUGCUGAUACUCAAAUUAACCCUUCAUACGUUAUUUUAAAAAAAAGGCGCAUUUUAUACGGGCUCUGGCCCCCUCAGCACACAUCAUAACCGUGCAGUACUAGACUGGGCCCGUGCCCUGUCCCGGUCACAGGAGGACCUCUCAUAGUCCCAAUCCGCCCUACACGGUCGCUUAAUUGAUAAUUCUGCAUGCACCUGCAUAAUACAUGGAACCCUGAAGGAUUCCCAAUACGCCCUACACGGUCGCUUAAUUGAUAAUUCUGCAUGCACCUGCGCAAUUCAGAAGGACCCCUGAAGGAUUCCCAAUACGCCCUUCGGGGCCGUUUGGCUGACAAUCCUCCACCUGUGCAAUCAAGGAGGAUCUCUGACAUUCCCAAUCCACCCUUCUGGGUCGUGUGGUUGAUAAUUCUCCGCCUGCCCAAUUCAAUACAGGACCUCUGACCAUCCCAAUCCACCCUUCUGGGUUGUGUGGUUGAUAAUUCUCCGCCUGCGCAAUUCAAUACAGGACCUCUGACCAUCCCAAUCCACCCUCUGGGGUCGUUCGGUUGAUAAUGCUCCGCCUGCGAAAUCCAGUGGAGGGACCUCUAGAAGUUCCCACUCCACCCUCCUGGGUAGUUUGGUUGAUAAGUCCCCAACUGUGCAGUUGGCGGAAUUGCAUCUCCACUGGGUUCAGUACCUGCCGUACGCAUUAGCCCCUUCCAUAGGUGCCAGGAUGACAUCAUCACUGGUUACUUUGUGUGCUGUAUGGAUUACCCCCAUUCGUAGGUGCAAUAAUUGCACUCCCACGGUGUACAGGACUCGCCAUAUGCACUAUUUCCCAUCGUGGGCAUUAACCCCCCUUUUUAGGGGAGUAUUUCCCUACCACUGGCUUCAGUACUCGUCGCAUGCAUUCAACCUUCCAUAGGUAGGGUAAUUGCACAUGGUCCCAACUGUCGCUAUCCUCUCCAUAGACGGAGUGUUGCACUUCACCGUGCUUCCAACUACAUUUCCCCCUUCCACAAGUGAUCCACUAGUGGGGAAUACCUAAACACCUCGGGAUGCUGCAAUUCAACUACACCACUGCUCUACGUGCCUUUGCUUAUUUUACACGGGUACACUUACUCUAGUGGUAUAUGGGUGCCGCCAGUGGAUACGGUGGCUAUUCCUUCUUUCUUUUGGCGCUGUCUUCUCAGGGGAUUGCCUAGCAUCACUUGUGUCCUAGAGACCCCCCAUCUCCUUGGGCCUCCACCGUUCCAGUCGGUCAUGCUAUUGUCCGCAUCAAUGCGUAGUGCGUACACCAUUGCACAUAUAUGAUGAGUACGUUCCAGCGAGUCGAGUGUUCAGUGACUCUGUAUUCUCUAUCCACCACUCCUCCUUUUCUGAGGAAGUGGUUAUGCUGACACUCUGGUUUAGCUACUACAGCGUGUUCCCCCACACAGGUGCAGCUUUUUUGCUAAUGCUCGAGUUUGUAGUUGCUGCAGUGGGACAUCCCCCUCAGGUAGGGGUCCUUCCCUGGCGCUAGCUUGGCACUUGCUCCUGUUCAGCUCCCUUCCAGGUAGUGUUUUUUACGGUAGCUCUACUUCACUGGAGCAGUAUAGUAUGUGGCUUCUACGAAUAGUCUCAGGCCCCCCUCACUGUGCGCUGACAGGGCAAGCGCUGGCUCCUACUGUGGGAGUGGUAUUUGCGUUACCACUACAUACUUCGGUUUUUAUUGCACAGCUCAUUCGUCAGGUGGUGGCCUCUUCUAGCACUGAAUUUGGUGGCCUCUGCGUGUUGGUCCCCUCCUCUGCUGCGGUAUCGGGCUAGCAAUACAGUGAGACUCCUCUGGCGUGGCUUUCUCCUCAGGCAGAGUUUUUUGGCGCAGCCACUUAAUCCUUGGCUACUUCUGUAUAGCGCCGGUCUCAGAUGGGGAAUGGGCUUCAGUCCUAGCCUAUUCCUUUCCUGUCUUUUCCUCUGGCUCAUGGUCCAUAGCCACCCCGCAAAUUUUGGUAGCUCCUAUGUUACUACCUUCUCUCAUCUGCUUUUGCACGGAGUAUGCGUUUUGUGGCACUCCGGUCCCGACUGGUGGGCUGUUGCGCCCACCACAUACCUCCUUCUCCAGGGAAUCCUUCCAUUGCUCCUGGGUGUGCUAACAGUAUCUACACAACAGAUUCCCACCUUUCUCUCCCGAGCAAGAUAUCCGGAAGAAUGCGGCGUGGACACCCUGAUGUCUCCUUGACAGGAGUUCGCCCUCCUUAUGUGUUUUCCCCUUCCCCCUCCGACCCAGAGUUCUACGGAAGAUCAGGAUGGAGGUCAUUCCGACACUCCUUUUCGAUCCGGAUUGGCCCCGUCACACAUGGUACGCUGACCUCGUUCUCCUUCUAGGAGACGUCCCUCAGUCACUGCCGCUCAGAGACGACCUUCUUUCACAGGGUCCGGUCUGCCAUCAGCAUUUAAGGUCUCUUUGUUUGACGGCGUGGCCAUUGAAACCGUCAUUCUAACGCGCAGAGGGUUUUCGGCGGAUGUCCUCUGCACUAUGAUUUAGGCCAGGAAGCCUGCGUUGUCCAGGAUCUAUUACAGGACCUGGAGGUCCUUCCUGGGUUCUGUAAACUCAGAAAUAUUCCACCACUUCCUUUUUCUCUCCCCACACUCCUGUCCUUCUUUAAUUAAGGUUGGACUAUAGUCUGGCCCUUUAGUUCUUUGAAGGGUCAGGUGUCGGCGCUUCUAUUCUUUCCCAGCUCCCACCGGCCCCCUUGAGGCCUGUAAGGACUUUUUUUUUCAGGGAGUGGCACAUAUGGUUCCACUGUACCAUCCUCCUUUACUACAUUAGGAUCUGAAUUUAGUCCUUUCAGCGGUCCAUGCUUCCCCCUUGGAGUCCUUGCUGGAGAUUUCUCUCAGACUCCUGUCCGGGAAGGUAGUUUUUUCUGGUCACUAUCACUUCCAUCAGACUGGUUUCUAAGUUGGCGGCGCCUGUCCCUCCUUUUCUUCGGAAGUUGGUCUCUGACUUCCAUAUUAACGAGGAAAUUGUCCUUCCCUCACUGUGCCCAUCUCCUUCACGCCCUCAGGAAAAGGAGUUACACCAUUUGGACGUUGUCUCCGGUCCCUUCGCAGUACAGAUCCCCUUUUUCUCAUUCCGGAGGGUCCUCGAAAGGGAUUGGCGGCUUCCAAGGUGGCAAUCACACGCUAAAUUCGGUCUACAAUUGCUGAAGCAUACCGCGCUCGAGGCAGGAUUCCGCCCUUAGGUGUCACGGCUCACUCCACCAGAGCGGUGGGCGCAGCUUGGGCUCGGAGGAAGCGUGCUUCGGCUGCACAGUUGUGUAAGGCGGCUACUGGCCCUCCUUACACACAUUCACAAAAUUUUACCAGGUGCAUUACUUAUGCAUCGGCAGUUCUUAGAUGCCUGCAGGGACGAUUGCUUACAUGGGUCUGUGGUUUUUCCCUGUGGACUGCUUUUGAACGUCCCACGGUUCCUGUGUCCCCCAAUAAAUAUGGGCGAGAAAAGGAGAUUUUUGUAUAACUUACCAGUAAAAUCUUUCUUGCUCUUCAUUGGGGGACACAGCACCCACCCAGUAUUGUUGUUCGACCACAGUUGUGGCAGUUGCGGGUUUGAACCCCGUUGGGUCUUUUGGCAUGGUGGUGUUCCAUGUUUUUUCUUGGUCAGCUUGCUUCUCCUACUGCUUGUACACAAACGGAAGCUCUCUCUCCAGGCUGGAGAGGGGAUAGCUGCCAGGGGAGGGGCUAACAGCUUCUGCCUAGUUUUAACGCCUCCUAGAGGACAUAGCUAUACCCACGGUUCCUGUGUCCCCCAAUGAAGAGCCUGAAAGAGAUUUUACCGGUAAGUUAUACAAAAAUCUUAUCUGGUCGUCUGUUUCCAGAUUUGGACUGUUGGAAUUGUUAGAUAUCCAGGUGCUGGACUAAAAGGAUUAAUUUUCCUG